AUGAAUUUUGUUUCGAAACAUUUCUGCCUUUUUAUCUUUUGGGUGAUAUUACACACAGCAAGCCCGUCCAAUUGUCGCAUAUCAAAUUACAACACGGUUAAGGUUGAUAGCGGUAGGUUGUCCUUCCCAGUUUAUGACAUUUUCAGAAACAAGGAGAAUCUACAAAGGGGACACUUUGCUGUAAGGAGGACAAAAUGGAAAGGGAGUACACACCAUUUGAGCAAACUCUGUAGCAUACAUGUAAAAAGGGAGGAUAACAAAUCGAAAAAUUGUUGCACUUCCCAGAAGUGCUUACUUGAAAAUGUAGCGAGCGAUUUUAAAAAUGCCAAGGGGGGAAGUCUCGAAGGUGGCCUAAGGGAUGUGCUACACGGGGACGCCCCAAAGAAGUGGCCACAGUUAAGCACACACACACAAAGUCCAGAUAGGAAAAAGCCUAGUCUGUGUGACACUGUUAGCCAUAUGAAUUAUGCCACAAGACGGGCAAAGGGACAAGCGACCAAGCAUCAAGUACUCAACUGUGAUUCAGACCAUCCAAAUGAGGAAACUCGAUCACCGAAUGGUGUGGACCUCCUGCAGAAGGAAAAAAAAUACAGCAGACAAAUAUACACGCACGGAUAUGAAGAAGAAAAAAAAAUUCGAAAGAGUAAAAUAUUAGUCAUCGGCCUAAACGGGGUAAGUAGCGAAAUAUGCAAAAAUUUAAUUCUUUGCGGAGUGAAGGAAAUAGGAAUAUAUGACAAUGACAUUUUGAGCGUAGACGACAUAGAUAACCUCUUCUUUUGCGAGAAGAAAUUUAUAGGCAAGGAAAAAAAAAGCAUAGCUUGUGUGCAGAACAUGCGUAAGCUGAGUGACAACUGCAAAAUUGAAGUGGUCACAAAUGUUGAAAAUGCGGUGCAACACUACGACGUAGUUGUAUCCACAAAUCAAAGUGACCAGUUUAACAUAAAACUGAGUAAUCUGUGCAGAGGGGGAAGUGUGAAAGAAGAAAAAAAAAAGUUCAUUUGUGUAAAUACAGUAGGCCUGUUUGGACGAAUUUUUGUCGACUUUGGACAGUUUGCCUACUCCAAUUCGAACAGCAAUGGCGAGUCGUACGAUAUAAGCCAAGUGGAACUCGCGGGCGAUGGUCACGUCGUCUUGCAUUGUUUGCCCAACUACAGGGACAUCCAGCUGAGCGAAAAGGAUGUCCUAAUUUUACGUGUGCAAAAUGGAAAUGAGGAGGUGAUGAAUAUUCCCUGCGAAAUUACAGAUGUGUGCAAGAGAAGUAACAAAAUCCGCGUCAGCAUUUUGAAAAAAAAAAAUGCAUUGGACACGAUUGUGGGGUAUGUGCUCCCCCUCCGAGUUGUACAGUAUGUAGAAAAAAAGAGCCACCAUCUCGGUAUCCAUUUGUUUGAAAAAUUGAGGAAGAUACUCCAACGAAAAGGCGGCAAUCAGUGUGUGCAAGAAAUCCUUUUGAAAAAUUCCCCUCGUAAUAUGAGUAUCAAAAAAGUGCCUGAACAGGUCAGGUUAAAUUAUCAAAGUUUGGAGGAAUACUUAAACGGUGUGCGGGGAAAACUGGACAGGAGAAAAAGCUGUACGCCGUGGUCCUACCUCAUGUCGUUGUUUAGCCGUCCAGAUGAAGGAGACCAAGUAAGUGACGAAGAGCUGUGCUUUCUAUGUUACGAAGAAAUGAUAAAACAUAAGAAGGGGGAGAAAAUAUUCACCCCAAAGGAUAUUCUAGCGUUUCAAAAUUGGUGUAAAAAAAAAAAAAAAAAUAUGAACGUUCAGGUAGUAAAUCAAUUUUGUUCAGCUGCACACAUUGAAUUGUCGCCAUUUUCUGCAUUUUUCGGAUCUUUGGUGACUCAAGAAAUUUUAAAAGGUGUGACGAGCAAAUUCAAACCCAUUCACCAGACUUUAUUUUUCGAUAAGAGGGAUUUAUUUCCCUUUGCGAAAAUUACUCACAAGUAUCACGGAAGGCACAUGCACCAGCUGAAUUUUUUUGGGCCCCAAUUUCAGAAAUUUCUGAACAGUUUGAAUGUUUUGCUGAUCGGAUCAGGCGCCUUGGGGUGUGAGUUUUUGAAGCUACUGGCGUUGAUGGGCGUUUCCUCACGUAGGGGCAUAUCCCCUGGGGGGCGCAUCCAAGUGGUCGAUUACGACCUGAUUGAGGAAUCCAAUUUGUCUAGGCAGUUCCUGUUCAGUGCGAAAGACGUGGGGAAGUUGAAGUGCCAAGUGGCUUCAGAGAAUGUUAAGAAGUUAAACCCAAAUGUGAACUCUGGUUUUGUGAAAAUGAAGGUGGAUGAGUCUAUAUUGGGGAACCGGGGCUUGCUUCUGAAUUGGUUGUUUUCUCACUCGAGGAGUAAUGACCAAAAGGGGGCACACAUACAUAGUAGUACCUACUUGGAGGGAACUAACGGGAAGGAGAAAAUAAAACAAAGAUUGCCUAAUGGAAGAAGUACCUGUCCCAUUGUGUGCAUCCUUUGUUUGGACAAUUUCCAAAGUAGAGCAGUGUGCGACACAUUCUGCGUGAUGAACUCCAUUCCAUUGGUCGAAGCGGGCAUAGAGGGUCUGAAGGGAAGUAGCCAAAUAGUUAUCCCCUUCUCUAGUGAGACGUAUACGAGCAACUCGGUCGAUGGGCAAGCCGACCAGGAGGCAAAUAACUCGUGCACCAUUACAUCCUUCCCCAAACAUCCCAACCAUGUAAUCCAGUUUGCAAAAAGCGUUUACAACCAUUAUUUUACCGACAAUGUGAUAAAAAUGAAUAGCUUUUUAAAUGACCCUGUUUCUUUUAUUGGCCGUCUAUGCACCUACGACAACGUGAGCAACUUGCUGCACUUUUUUAAAUUAACAAAAAUUUAUUUCAAUCCUAACGUCCACAAAAACGUACAGCUACUCUGGAACAACACCUUUGUGAGAAAUAUUAUCCACUUGCUCAAAAAUAACGAAGCAGAAUUGCAUAAAUAUUUUGAAGAAGUUCAGAAGUUGCCAAAACCGGUUUCCUUUCAUCCGGAAAAUAAAAAUCAUUUACUUUUCUACCAGUGUGCUUUGAAAAUUUUCAAAAAGUUUUUAAAAAAUUUGAUAGACAUUUUGGCUAGCGAGAAAAAGCAGAAAGGAGGUGUGUUCUUUUUUAAGGAUGAGCAAGUGGGGACCUCCAAAAGGCUCUCCUUUGAGGAUGCCUUACGAGAAAUUGUGUCGAAGAAUGAUUUGCGCGUGGAUGUGAAGCGGCUGCUGUACUUCCUCUCCGUCAUCCGCAGGAACACCGAUACGGAGUUCUACGCCGCUGUCGAGAGGGAGCUCUUCGGGCUCUUCAACAACCCCGUGUUUCUUUUGGCCCUGCGGUGGGUGCAGCGCCAGGGGGGCAAGGCGGGGAAAGAAGCAGGGGUGGGGGAGGGCGCAACUGCCCGCGGUGGACUCGCCGAGGAGGAGGUGAGCAUGGCAGCGAGCGGGAAGGUCAACUCAGGAGGCAGCUCAGGAGACAGCUCAGGAGGCAGCUCAGGAGACAGCUCAGGAGGCAGCUCAGGAGACAACUCUGGUGCCAACUCAGAGGCUACCCCCCCCCGCGGCCGCAAAGAAGUCGCGCUGCUCACCCCCCUGAUUUGCAACCUGCAGGACGACAAGGACGAUAUCAACUUCGUGUUCAGCCUGACCAAUAUACGGAACGAAAAUUACAACUUCUCGCAGCUGCCCAUGAUGGAGUUUUUUAAAGUCUGCAACAACAUCGUGCCAUCGAUCGUUACAGUCGUUUCGGCCAUUUCUGCGCUGGCGUCCCUCGAGUUGUACAAGCUGGCCCAUUUGAUGCAGUCGCGUGGGAGGACAGCCCAAAUGGGGGGAAGCCACCCUACGGGCCACCCGCUAGGGCUAGACGAACCCACCCCCGAGGACCUAACUCAAUUUCGCGAGGAAAAGCUCAAGGAUCUAACCAUUUGCACAUACGGAAGAAAGGUCUACAUUAGGAAAAAGGGAAAAACGUUGUUCUGGUUUUUUAACGUGCCCUACGACAAGCUUGAAGUUCUGUCAAGCACAGUUAACAAUCAUUAUGUGAAUUUGGAGGAUAAUUUUUUCACCCAUUCUCAGUUGAGUAGUGUGUGUCCCCCCUUGUCGUAUGAAAACUCACCAUCAGCAUUGAUGAAGAGAUUUGAGUUUUCUCUUUGGAACUAUCUCUAUGUUGAUAUUUAUCCAAGAGGGGGAAAGAGGAAGGGUAACGGGGAGUGCAUCGUGGGGGAGUGCGGACUGUCUGUUGGUCUGUUUGACUACCGAGGGGGGGAGCAACAGGUGGAGGGGAAGCUGGCCGAGGCUAGUAGGGCGUUUCGGGAGGCUGUGCAGAAAGGGCUUCGCGGGACCAUCCGCAGUGUUAUGAGUGGCGCGAAUGACGAUGCUGCUAAUGCAGAGAAAAAUUAUAACCUGGACGACAGCGCGAAGGAGGCAACCAACUUGGCAGACUCCAUCCUGAAGGACCUCCACACCGUGGGCACCGCAUCCGAAGAUGAAGCGUCUCUUCACCAGGGAUCCAUACACAUUCGAGACAUAAAAAAGAACGUACAUCUGAUGACAGAGCAGAGCAGAAACGCAGGAGAGUGGUCCAAGACGGAGGGAGAAAAGGCACUAGCCGAUUUAGUGAACACUUUAAAAGGAGUGAAAAAAAAUACAGAACAAAUGAGCAGCCAUGCAAAAGCAUUUAUAAACAUGAGGAGGAGUGAAGCCAAAGAAGACGUCACGUUGGACGAACUGGUGACAUCCCUGGAGGUUCUCUUUAGUGUAUCCAUUCAGACAGUUGGGGUGAGGGACAAAAUCAUUUACACAAAGUUUCGGUUGCCCUCUUUUAGACACUCGGGAAGGAAAGGCCUCUCCGUUAUUUUGCGGGAGUUGUUCAGGGCAGCGGGAAAGACAGGGGCAGAUGCAGCGGCAAAUGCAGCGGGGAGUACCUACGUGCUGCAUAUCUUUGCUACUGACAGCGCGGGGAGGGAAGUCAGCCUGCCCGACGUGCAGGUCAGUGUGCACCACCACUGA